AUGUCGGUGCAUACGGGCAUAAGUAGAGAUUUAGGGAUAUUUCGUUCAAAGCAUCGGUCUCAGAUAAUAAAGGUGACUCUGGGAUCUGUGGCAUCGAGCUUUAACGGUUUACUGUUCGUUAAAGUUCGCGGAUGUUGUGUCGAAAAUGGAAAAGUCGACGGAGACAACUAUUCCGAACGGAGUACUGCCCUACCUGCCGUGGAUGAAGAUGAUGUCGGAAGAGGAUGCGCUUGAAACCAAUGUAUCUGAAAUCCUUGAUUCGCCCGAAACUACUACCUUGCCAUUAUUUGAGGGACAAUUUCAAUGGAACAAGGCAAGCUCUUUGAAAACGCCUUUGUCCGAAAACCUAACGCAAAAGCAUCAGCCACGCACACCCCAGAUGUCAAGUGGUCGAAGACGCCCUAAUACCACGGUACGAGCUCUCGCUUCAUCGCUGUUAGCCGGUAAAUAUGAUCAGCUAAUGGAUAAACGGCUAGCAAUAGCCGACUUGGAAAAACAGAAGCUGGAAAACGAUUUAAAAUUUCAAAAAGAAGAACAAGCUCUGAAAUUGGAGCUCUUGAAACUUCAAAUCAUCAAUGAAAAGAAAAGAUUAUAAAAAUAUAAUUUAUUGUUACAUAUUUUUGUAAUAUGGUAAUAAUAACGUAAAUGCAA